UCCUUUCCCCACUUGAGAUGUCUAUAGGUAUAAAUAGAAGAGGAUUAUUAGUAUUAUAGCAUUGAGUCCAUCACAAAAUUUGGUUACCCUUUAUCAUGAAAAGGGCAACCAUGGCUACCUUUAAACAUUCUAGCAAAUAUGGUGUUAGAUCUAUUAGUUUACCAACUAGAUCACAUCCAAGCACAAUUCAAGUAGAAGAAGAGCUCAACAAGCUUAAAUCAUGGGAUUCAUCAUCAUCAUCAUCAUCAUCUUUGUCAAAGGUUGAAACAAUUUGCUAUGGUCUAUUAGGCCUUGGUAAAUUGUAUAAGUGCAUAGAACAUCUCUUGAAAUUGCCAUUGACCCAACAAGCAUUAGGUCAACAUAGAGAUGAGAAAUGGGUCAAUGAGUUCUUGGAUUGCCCCUUAAGGUUCCUUGAUCUAUUGGGAAAAACAAGGGAUUCCAUCAUGUUGAUGAAAUCAAGUGUUGAAGAUCUUCAAUCUUCACUUAGGAGGAGAAAGAUUGGAAAUCUUGACAUUGAAGGAUACAUCUCUUCAUAUUGGAGCCUUAGAAGGAACAUUAGAAAAGAAUGCACAAAAAAUUUGCUUUUUUUGAAGCAAAUUGAUGAUGGGCCAUUUCCUCCUCCUCCUUUGGAUCUUGAUGAUAACCAUCUUUGUGCAUUGGUAAGAGUUCUUAGAGAAUCAAGUUUGAUCACAAGCUCAAUUUUCCAAUCACUUUUUGUGCUCCUUUCUUCAUCAAUCUUGAAAUCAAAGCCUACUAAAUGGGCAUUUGUGUCAAGAUUGGUGCAUAAGGGUGUUCUUAUUUCUUGCAACAACAAUCAACAAGAGAAUGUUAAUGCUCUUGAAAAAGUGGAUCUAUCACUUUGCAACUUGGAACUUACUAUUAUGGAGAAUUUGAACAAAGAAGAAGUGGGUGAGAGGAUUCAAUCUACAAAUAGAAGCCUUGAAGCUUUGGUAUUAGGAAUUCAAGGGAUUGAAGAAGGGUUAGAGUGCUUGUUUAAGCAUUUGAUUAAUACUAGAGUGUCUUUUCUUAAUAUAAUUUCUCCUUGAGCAUAAUAUAUUUUUAAUUUUAGGCAUGUAUAGUAUAUAGUUAUGCAUAUUUGGAGGUUUGCUUGAACAUAUUAUUAUAUUUUUCCAGAUGUAUAGAUACAUAUGUAGUUGUUAGGUGCCAUUAAUGAUGAAGCAAUAUUGUAUACUCUGCUUGUUAAUCAAAGUUUUGUUCACUCAAAUAUUGUGAUCUUUCCUAGCCCUUUUUUCCAUG